AGCCGGAGGGCAGCGGCUGGGACCCUGACCCGGCAGCCCCACCGGAGAGUGGGAGCGUGCCGCGAACCCCAUAACCCGUUUUUAGCCAUGGCACUUAUAGGGGAAGAGUCCCUGUUUUGGGGUUGGGCAAAGCGCCCCGCCCUCUGCUCACGUCUGAAAGGCUGCGGAACCCCCAGUUACCUGCGCUGCUCUCUGGGAGAACCCAGACACGGGUCGGUCGAGUCAGCAUCAACUACGACCCCUGCACCCCCGUUUCCUGUCGGGUGUAUGGGUCCUUCCUAGCCUCCGUGAUAAAGGCGAGGGGCGAUUGCUUUCCUCGGGCCCAGAAGCCCAUCCAAACAAGGGUGAGCCCCUAUGGAGUCAAAGGUUCGAUUUCAAAUACAAUUUUUUUUUAAAGAAUCCUGGAUGGUUUUAGAAAUAUGGCCCAAAUUAGUAUUUUCCGUUAAUCUCUUGUCUCAAUGUCUGUGAUUCUUGAACGCCAGUCCAUAUGGAUGGAGAUUUUCGUGGAGAAUAAACGGUUUGUAGAAAUCUUUCAACAACGAAAGGGUGAGCAGGCAGUGGAGGAAGGGACAGGCUGUGGCCGAGUGGCUGGAGGCCCAGGACAGGUCCCCUCGGCCUGCCCCACCCCGGGAGGAAAGCACCGACCCUCCCUGACCCGCCUCCGGGCGCGGCAGAGUGUCUACGCCACGUGCCCCGGUUUGGCCCCUUUUGAGAGGAGGUGUGGGUAGAAGGGUUGCGCUGGCAGCAGGAAGGACACUCCGUGUUGGGGUGAGUGGGGGCGCUGCACCGACCUGCGUCUCCGUCCAAGCUUUUGCCGGGCUUGCCAAGGAGGGGACGGAAGCCCGCUUCUGAGUGAUGAUUGAGAGCCACGAGGUAGUGACGCACUAGGAGGGGGAUGGGGGCGCUAUCCGCGGGAAGAGACUUUGAUUGGGGUUGACCGUGUCCGUGGUGCUGAAGUGCCUCAAGCUCCGUCGUCUGCGUACUUCCCGGGCUGCGGCCUGCCUCGCGGUUCUAUUCUGCACUUUUGCCAGAAAUAGCCCAUCUCCAAGGCAAUGGCCAGAAGGGAACUGGCCCGACCCUUUGCAGAAUUACUGGAAGAAAUGGAUACUUCUCCCUCCAAAAAAUAUCCAGUUAAAAAACGGGUGAAAAUACAUCCUAACACAGUGACGGUGAAAUACACUUCUCAUUAUCCCCAGCCUGGGGAUAAUGGAUAUGAAGAAAUUAAUGAAGAUUAUGGAAAUUUUAUGGAAGAAAAUCCAAAGAAAGGCCUGUUGAGUGAAAUGAAAAGAAAAGGAAGAACUUUUUUUGGAACCAUGGAUACCCGACCUCCACCCACAGAAGACCCCAUGACAAAUGAGAUUGGACAAUUCCAAAGCUUUGCAGAAAAAAACAUUUUUCAAUCCAGAAAAAUGUGGAUAGUGCUAUUUGGAUCUGCUUUGGCUCAUGGAUGUGUAGCUCUUAUCACUAGGCUUGUUUCUGAUCGUUCUAAAGUUCCAUCUCUAGAACUGAUUUUUAUCCGUUCUGUCUUGCAGGUCUUAUCUGUGUUAGUUGUGUGUUACUACCAGGAGGCCCCCUUUGGACCCAGUGGAUAUAGAUUACGACUCUUCUUUUAUGGUAUAUGCAAUGUCAUCUCUAUCACCUGUGCUUAUACAUCGUUUUCUAUAGUUCCUCCCAGCAAUGGGACCACUAUGUGGAGAGCCACAACCACAGUCUUCAGUGCCGUUUUGGCUUUUUUACUUGUAGAUGAGAAAAUGGCUUAUAUUGACAUGGCUACAGUUAUUUGUAGCAUCUUAGGUGUUUGUCUUGUCAUGAUCCCCAACAUAGUUAAUGAAGAAAAUUCCUCGUUAAAUGCUUGGAAAGAAGCCUUUGGAUAUACUAUGACUGUGAUGGCUGGGCUGACCACUGCGCUUUCCAUGAUAGUAUACAGAUCCAUUAAGGAGAAGAUCAGCAUGUGGACUGCACUGUUUACCUUUGGUUGGACUGGGACAGUCUGGGGAAUAUCUACUAUGUUUGUUCUUCAAGAACCCAUUAUCCCAUUAGAUGUAGAAACCUGGAGUUAUCUCAUUGCUAUUUGCGUCUGUUCUACUGCAGCAUUCUUAGGAGUUUAUUAUGCCUUGGAUAAAUUCCAUCCAGCUUUGGUCAGCACAGUACAACAUUUGGAGAUUGUGGUAGCAAUGGUCUUGCAGCUUCUAGUGUUACACAUAUUUCCUAGUAUCUAUGAUGUCUUUGGAGGGGUAAUCAUUAUGAUCAGUGUUUUUGUCCUUGCUGGCUAUAAACUUUACUGGAGGAAUUUAAGAAGGCAGGAUUACCAGGAAAUAGUAGACUCUCCCAUUAAAUGAAUACCUGAUUAUUAUCUUCUUAACCAUCAGUUAUUAAUACGUACACUGCCAUUUUAAUAUUCACCUAUUUUUUGUGUUGUAUAAUUGACAGAGUGCUAUAUAAUAUUUAACAUAUGCAGAUAUAGGAAAUAUAUUCUAGUCUAUUAUAUUAAAAAACAAACAUGAAAUAUAUGAAAUGUCAUGAA